CUUUGUAUUGUGGGUAAAAUCCAAUAUGUCUGCGCCCAUGGAGAAAAACAUGAGAAUUUAAUUACUUUUAUUUAUUUGUAUUUUUAAGCUCAUUAUAGAACAUUUGGUUUAAUUCAGUAUGCUAAUUCUCAGUAAUUGUACAUAUUCCGUACUUCGACAUUGCAAGCGAAAACUGACACCUUUGCAAAGGCUUUCAAAACUGGAAACAUUGCAGCAGUAUUCAGUUUCAUCCAAAAUUUCCAAAAGAGUGUUAGGGAUAGAGACGAGCUGUGAUGAUACUGGUGCUGCAGUUGUAGAUGAAUGUGGAAAUAUCCUUGGAAAUGCACUUCAUUCACAAACGUCUAUUUCUGUUGCGUUAGGCGGGGUACUUCCAUCACAUGCGAAAACAAUACAUAGAGCUCAUAUAGAGAGGGUCGUUCAAGAUGCACUUGAUCAAGCAAACAUCAAAGUGAAGGAGCUGGACGCAGUGGCUGUCACAGUGAAGCCGGGUCUAAGUUUAUGUCUGGAUGUGGGACUGUCUCAUGCAAAGAAACUGGUUCAGGAACACAGAAUAGAUUUUCCAUUUCUGGUUUUUCUAGUGAGUGGAGGUCAUUGUUUGCUUGCUGUUGCUAGGGAUAUUGACAAGUUCUUGUUGCUAGGGACAAGUUUAGAUAGCUCACCUGGUGAAGCUUUUGAUAAGGUUGCAAGGAGAAUGAAACUGAAGAAUUUACCUGAGUGUUACGAUAUGAGUGGUGGGGCUAUGAUGGAGCACAUGGCAAAGCAAGGUGAUAUAGAGGCUAUACCAGCUCCUGACGUCUCCUUCGCACAGAGAAGCUGUAAUUUCUCAUUCUCAGGCAUCAAAAGUCAUUAUAUUAGAAAUAUUGAACAGGAGGAAGCUAAACAAGGAAUUGUCGCAAGCCAUGUGAUAUCAAAUGCCAGUGACAUGUGUGCUUCAUUCCAGUAUGCUGUGAUAAAACACCUAGCCAAACCUUUACAAAGAGCAUUCUUGUAUUGUGAAUUGAAAGGACUUUUACCCGAGAGUGAUAGAGCACUGGUUGUGUCAGGAGGUGUGGCCUGUAACCAGUUUAUAAGACAAGGUCUACAGAAGGUCUGUGAGAAGUUUGACUGCAGAAUGGUGUGCCCUCCACCACAUCUUUGUACAGAUAACGGGAUCAUGAUAGCAUGGAAUGGUAUGGAGAAGUUACUAGCAGGGAGAGGUUUUGCUGAAGAUCCACAGUCUGUUGAUUUCAGUCCAAAAGGGCCAUUUGGUGAAGAUCUGACUGCUGAUGUUGCCAAAUCUACAAUUAAAGUACGCAAAAUUAACCUGCUCUGAUGAAGUUCUGAAAAUUAUUUUAUGAUUGUUUUCUAUCAAUAAAAAUGAAUUUAAUAUGUUGAAAUUUGUGUUUUGGCCAGAGACGUAUAAUUUAUUAAUAAACUGAUAUUAUUUUAUA